CUUGCUUCCGCCGAUGCAGCUUAUACCGGUGGGGUGCCAAUGUAGUUCUGCAGCCGAAAUUUUUAUUUUCUUAAAUUAUACGCGAAGAUUUUUUAGUAAAAAAAUAGUUCCCGUUGACUUAAAUAGAAAUUUGUUCAGAAAGCGAAUUAAUAACUAUAAAGUGUGCGAUACAAUGGCCGAGGUGUUAAGUGUAACGCAAGAGAAUUACUGUAGAAGAAAACUGAAAUCUACCAAAAAAAAAGCGAUCAAAUUUGGCCGUAAUUUGGUUGGAAAAAAAGCCGUGUUCACUAAAGCAGUAACAGAUAAAUGGCAUAAAAGAAGAGGACGCAAAAUAAAACCGGUUGAACAAUUAGAUGGAGGGUUUUUUGAACGAUAUGGAUCUGGACUCAAAGAAAAUAUUGAAGAACAAUCGGCAGCUAUUAAGAAAGAAGACCAAUUGGAUAUUCUAGAUGAAAAAGAACUAGCUAAGAUUUAUGAAGACACUGCCUCUAAAACUAUAUCGUACACUGAUUUUUUUUCAUCUUUGUUGGAAUUAAAUAUCGAUGAAUUGUAUGAAGAAGUACUUCAUGAGAUUAUUCAUAGCGUGGGUGCCGAGAAGAACACAAUUCAGAAAAAUACAUUGAUUGAAUUUGCUAAAGAAGCAUUUAAAAUUGAACCAGAAGUUCACGAUAACAUUUACCGAACAGUUAAGCAGAAACAAGCACCAAAUAUAAUGUUAAACAUUGAAAUCGUUGAAGGUAAAGAAAUUAAACCUAAAGAUGCAAAUGGACUUAGCGACCCGUUCUGUACUCUAUUUUUGUCAUCCCAACCUCAACAUAGAUAUAACACAUCAGUAAAAACCCAGACAUUACGACCCGUAUGGGAAGAACAUUUUUCACUACCAGUUAAUGUUCCUGAUGAUGAUAUAUUGUGUGUGGAAGUUUGGGAUUUUGACCCUGCAGAGACUGUUAAAGAAAAAGUUGGCAAGGUUGGUGACAUAAAAGGGUUUAAAGGAAUGAAAAGAUUUAUGAAAGAAAUUGCUGUGACAGCUACAAACGGAAAACAUGAUAAUGAGAUUAUUGGUGGUACAAUUGUUCCAGUAAAAAUGAUUCCUUCUCGGGGGCAAUUAGCUUGGUACAAUCUAGAGAAAAAGGGAAAGGCUAAGCCACAAGGAAAUUUACUUCUUAAAUUAUCUUUUGGUAGUGAAAAAGACAAACAAGUGGCUGCUCAAGAGCACCGACAUCUUUUAAGAAUUCUUUUGGCUCAUGAAAUGAAUACUCGACAACUCGAGGCAAAUUCAUGGGAGGGAGAUUUCUUGCCGGAAUCUAAGUUAAUAAUUCAGCAACAUGUGGCCCAAGGUAAUAUUUCACCUGUAGAUGAAUACUUAAGUCAAUGGAUUGAGUAUUGUAAUGCUCAUGUCUUAAGUCCAGUUGUAAGCUUUAAAGUGUUUUCGGAUAUACUUGAAAAAUUAGUGAAACCAAUUUCUACUGGAAUAAUAUGUAAUGAAGAGCUUAAGUUAUUUUGGUCAUUUUCUAAAAAACUGUUGCCUUUUUGCUACACUAACAUAAGAAUGAUACGAAAGGUAUCGCCAGAAGAUUCUAGAUUUAUAGCUCAAAUAGAAUCAAAUUUAAACAUCUUGCGACACCUUCAUUCUUUUGAAAAACCAAGUGACAUUGAUCUAUUUCCGUUAGAUAUGUACGGUUGGUUAUUGCCAUGUGAACACAUUAGAGACAUAAAGACAACAUUAAAUGAUGCAGUUGUUCAAGGAGCUGUAGAUUGGUAUAUACAUAUAUUAGAACACAAUAAACCGCAUGAUUUUACAGAAGAAGGACAAAUGAAACUUCACAUAAAAAUUAUUCAACAUCUUAAAGCUGAUCUUCAAAAAGCUUUAGAUUACUAUGACAAAAUAUUUAUUAAGAAAAUUCAAUUUUCUUAUGCUUGUACUCUAUUCUCAAUUUAUGAAUGCAAAAUAUCUGAAAUGUGUGAACCAUUUAUUACUCGCAUUUGUAUGAACAUGAAACCUAUAAAUUUUGAAGAAAAUGGAAGACUUGAAGUUGAUAAAGAUCCACUAGCUAUGGGUACUUCUUUAUUUGAACUCUACAUGAGUAUUCAAAAGUUUUCUGACCUAGGAAAAUCAUCUUGUCAAAUUGAUCCUGAAACUAGCCAUAUAGCAAAAUAUCAUCUAUGGUUUCAACAAGGUGUUGCUAGAUGGCUUGAUAUAGCAGCAUACAAAGCUAUGCAGCGAAUUGAAAGAGCUGUUGAUUUAGAUAAAUUAGUGAAAAUGGACACAAGCGUCGAAUAUAGUUCUUCAGCUGUAGAUACCUUAGCAAUUUAUUAUCAAAUCAAAGUCUUUUGGCAACAAUUAGCUUGGCCUGACGCUGAAGGUUCCUAUUCAUUUGUGGCAAAAAUUAUAGAUGAUAUUUGUAGAUGUUCUGUAUACUAUUCAGAUAAAAUGGGUUAUAAAGUCAAUCGAACAGUAGUGGAUAAAAAGAAAUUUGAAGUUACCAAAGAGUGGUGUUUGGCAGUAAAUAAUAUUGAUUAUGUAAAACAGUCAAUAAGGCCAUUCGUCAACGAUUUAGGUUUAAACCAAUUGAUGGAUAACUUGGCUAAUUACAAAAGUGAGUCAUCAGCUGAUCAUUGUAAGAAGACCUUAGAUUUAGUUGUUGACAAUUCAAUUGAUACUGUCAGCAAUAAAAUUAUUGAUCUACUUCAAACUCUUGUUAACAAGAUGUCGCCAGAAAUGAGCAAAUUUUUAAUUGAAGGAAGUGAAACAAUCAACACAAACAAUAACCAUUUAGACAACUUGAUGCAAUAUCUUGAUGAAAGUUUGUGUACACUGAGUAACGAACUAAAUGAGGAAAAUUUUCAAAGAAUUCUUGAUAUUAUAGUUGAACAACUAGCUAGCAUUAUGAAUGGCUUGAUACAGAAGAGUGUUGAGAAAAAAAAACCACCUUCUUACUUUAAAAAUUUGAGAGACAGUUUUCACAUGCUAUUUGGCUUCCUGAGAAGUGGAGAUGAAACUGAAAAGAGUGAAACAAUCCAAAAAUUAGAAGCUCUACUACGACUUCAUACAUUAGAAACUGAUGAGCUUAUACAUGAAUAUUAUCUUGAAAGGUAUCAUGAACAACAAAAUCUUCAAGACUCUGAACAGGGUAUUUUGUCAAUUAAAGUAAUAUUCAUCAAUGAUAGUUUGAAUAUAGAAGUACUGAAUGCCAAUAAUAUUAGAGCAAUGGAUUCUAAUGGUUUUAGUGAUCCAUUUGUCAAAAUCUGUUUACUUCCAAGAUAUAAGUUCCAGAAUGUCAUUAAAUCCAAAACUACUGUUCAAAAGAAAACCUUAUUUCCAUUGUUUGAUGAAUGUUUUAAAUUAACUCUUACUCCUGAACAACGAAAUGAAGAAAAUGGUUUGAUAAUAUUUGUAUUGAAAGAUCAAGAUUUUAUGGGAAUGACAAAUGAGUUCAUAUCAGAAGCUUAUGUACACUUUAAAGAUAUUCCAUCUACACCUUUAGAGAACGAUUCUGGUAAUGCUCCACAAAUUAGAUUGAAAUUGAGCGUGCCCAAAUCUUUAGAUUCAAAAAUCUGCAAGGUUCUUGAAACACGGACAAAUGAUAAAGUAGCAAAAGAAUUUUUAAAACGUCAAAAAAUAAAAAUAGCUUCAAAUGCACCACCGAAAAAAUGACAGCAAAGACUGAUUGGACGGAUCAAAAGAAAUACGUCCAUUCUGAAAAUAAAAAUAAAAAGAUAUCACUAAUCUAAUAACAAUAUUAUUAUUAUAAUUAUUUUUAUAUGCAACACACUUUCUUUGAAUUGACAAUUACAAAUCAAACUUAAGACUGAACAAGUGAUAAAUCUAAAUUGGUGUUUAUGGCGUUCAUAUGGAUUAUGUGAAGGGAUGACAUUUUGUAAAAGCACUAUCUUUAAUGACUCACUUAGAGUACCUAUUUAUAUAUACAAUUUUAUAUAUGUGAAUAACGUAAAAUAUAUUGAUUGAUUCAUAAAAACAUAUUUAUACAUUUUUAU